CCAAUAUCAGAGAAAGAGUGUUUUAAAUGAAUCUGAAUCGCCAAUGUUAAGCAAGUAUGCACGUUCGUUCGUGAUCGCGCACGAAAGGGGCGGAUGGACGCGCGCUCCCGAGUCACCAGGAAACAUGGCGGCGCUCAUGACUCUCAGCCAGUUAUCGAGUGGCAACCCAACCUACGAGAGCUACUACAGACAGUUGGAUCCAGUGAACAGUGGCAAGAUAUCAGCUGGGGACGCAGCUCAGUUCCUGAAAAAGUCCGGGCUGUCAGACAACACACUCGGAAAGAUAUGGGAUUUGGCUGACUCGGAGCGAAAAGGCUAUUUGGACAAGCGGGGUUUCUUCAUCACCUUGAGACUGGUGGCCUCAGCGCAGGCGGGGCAUGACGUUAGCAUCAGCAGCCUCAGCCAAACAUUGGCACCUCCGACAUUUAGAGACACAAGCAGCCCAUUAUCAAGCGCUCCAGCGCCUGAUUCGCAUUGGGCCAUAAGGGCGAGUUCUUUAAUUUAACCUUCCGCAACAUUAUCACACUAC